GACGCUUGUACUCUCGCGAGAUAAUCCGAUUGUUAUCCAAUCCCAUUUCCUGUUUAGUAAAAAAAGUUGUUUUCAUUUUAUUUUUUAUCUCUUCAAUGUAUGAACUCAAUAAAUCAUUAAGGUUACUUGAAACUUCUCCCAUUUUAAGAAUGACCAUAAACCUCACAUUUGUGUGAUCAUCUUCCUGGAAAUAAGAUGGCAACUGCGGAAGCAAGAAGAAAAGAAAAUGAACAUAGGUCAGGGGAAGCUAAUCCAGGUCAGCGACCACCUCGUCCAAGGAAGAGCACACGACAGCUUGACUUCUUCCAGGCGAUGGAUGAUUUUCGCACCAUGUUCCCAACCCUCGAUGAUGAGGUGAUAGAAGCUGUGUUGCGUGCUAAUGAUGGGGCAGUGGAUGCUACAAUUGACCAGCUGCUUACCAUGACAAUUGAUGAGGACACUGGUCUUGCCACCGUCCCAGAUGACUCGGGUCAUGCUAGGGCAUUGUUUAAAGAACACGAGGAUCACAUGGACACAUCCUUACUGGCAGCAGCUGCAGCUCCCUUAACCCAGUCAGCAGACUCUCCUCCCUCUUACUCUGAGGCAAUAAGGAGUCCAGGCACUAGGGAUGGUCCUCAGAGCAUCUGGACUACACCCAUUUCCUCCUCCCAGCCCCCAAUUAACAGGAACCAGCUUAGACUGGACGUGGACUCGCGAUCUGAGCAUUUUGGAGCCACCUCUGGUCUCAGUCCCUCUGGUCUGGCGGCCAGACACAACACCAGCCCAGGAUUUGGUUUCUCCCCCUCUCAGGAGUCUAGUGGUGCAUUUGGUGUUCAUAUAUCUAGCACGGGUGACAUACAAAACUUAAACACUUCUCGUAAGAGGGAAUUUCGCAAUUGGAAUCCUCCAAUGCUAGGAAAUUUGCCUGAGGACUUUCUCAGGCUUAUUCCCCCAGAUACCAGUAGGGCGGGUUCUUCAUGUGCCAAAUCAGAACAAAUGGACAAUAUGGCUAGUCUUACUUCUACGCCAGUGAAUGUAAAGUCCAUGAGCGAUGCUCGACCAAAAAUUCACAAAUCUCGUAGUAAAUCAGAAAAAGUCUCAAGAUCAUUCAGUUUAUCUACCAAAGACGGGAAAGACAAAGAUGCUGCUAAGUCACGGAGUUCGGAGAAGAAGAGUAAAUCAUCUGAUAAGUUCACACGUUCGUUCAGUUUGGUAGAGGAAACUCCAAAGUCAAGCGGAGCUCGACACAAAGAUAAGGGCCUGUCUCCUGGAAAACACUCUGUGAUAAUUGAGACCCAUGACUUCAGUAAGGGGAUGUUGGAGGAACGAAUAAAGGAGAAUGAGCGUCGACGCAAGAAAACCUCAGCCAACAUUGACCCGGAACUUGCCCGUUACCUUGAGGAUGAAAGGCUCGCUCUUGCGCUACAGAACUCUGAGUUUCUACAGGAAUAGGGCAAUGAGGACUUCAUGAAAACUUUACAGAAAGAGUCUAACACCCCUACUGGAGACAGAACAAUUUCGGCUGUGCCAAACUUUACACCGCUGACAUCAGACAGGCCCCCAGACAAUGCUCUCCAGGGCUAUGGAGACAAUGGUGAUCAGACACUGGAUGCUUUCCCGUUCAGUCAGCCCUCUGCCAAAGACAAAGAUGCAGAUGCGGAGCUUCGACAACAAAUCAGAGGCAUGGGCAAAAGUUCAAAGAAGCAGCUUGCAUCAUUAGCCAGGAAGUUCUUCAAAAGAAAGAAGAAAAAUGCCAAACAGAUUCUCGGUGAGAAGCUUGCACCAUCUAUGAUGAAUCUUCUAGAGGAUGAAGAUGAGGAGGAGGAAGAGGACGUGCAGCCAGACACACGCUACGGCUCCAGCCCCCCUGUCAUUGACCCACUGCCCAGUUUGGCUAGUGUGCCCAGUCAUAGGACCGUGCAACGCCCCGCUUACAACCCGAAUGGGGUCACUACAUACUUCGACAACCGAAAUAUGGACAUGGUCUAAGAUGUACGGAUAUAAAUUUUAGUUAGGUAGUACUAUUUUUGGGGAGAAACUUGGGCCAUGACUGUGGCAAUAAAGGUGUUGACUUUUUAAGAAGCCACUUAGUUGUAUUAAAAUGUACAUUUUUAAGUUUUCAAUAUUGUUUUUGUAUUACUUGGAUAUAUACCUUAUCUGUAUUUGCCAUUAUAUUUUUUUUGUGUGUAAAACUCAUAACAGAUGCAAUAAGAUUGUAUGCAGGUGCAUCCAAAAUCUGUAUGGUCAGUAUUCUAUUGGUAGGUAACUUGUACACAUGUAUAGCAUAUACAAUUAUGACUCAUACUAGCUUGAUUAAUGGUGCAUAUUAGUUUUAAGUUUUAAAACCUCAAAAAGAUGAUAUUUUUAGGCAUUUCUAGCUCCACUAUUCAAUGAAAAAGGAGAGCUUGACUACUCAACCUAGCGUAGGCCAUCUUGGUUAAUGUUUUGGAUGGUAAAACCUAUAAGUCAUCAGCUCAGCAAAUACAUCAUGAUUGCAUGGAAACUUCAGAUAUGAAUUCCUAACCUGUUACCUAUAUAAUUAAUGAAUUUAGGUAACAAUAUUUGAAUAUAAUGCAAAUAAUGGGCUGGUACUGUUCAACUUACAAAUUCUGUGUAAGGUUUGGCAUGUGAGCACACAUAGUUUAAUAUCUCAGCAACUACUUUAUGUAUUGUAUUGAAACUUAAUACAAUCAAGUAUGACAGCUCUUGCAUAUAAUGCAAAUUAUCCUUCCUUAUAAUUUGACAUAGAAAUUCUGGUUACGGUUUAUGGUUUUGCAUUUAAUCUAAUUUAACAGUAAUCCAUGCAUGUUUCACUAAACUUUAGCAAUCCUUAAACUUAAAAGCCGCGGAAUAGUUGAGCACUGUCUCUGUGAGAGCUCUUGUUAUUAUAAAAAUCAGUUUAUAUUAUGUUGCCAUAUAAUAAUUAUGAUAAAAAAUGAUUUACAGUUGCAUAAGAUCAUGUUAUUAUUAAAUUUAAGGCUAACAACAAUUCUACCAUUUCCUUUUUGCACUAUAAUUGUUUUUGUUGGUUUUGUAAUGUUUAAGAAUGAUUUUUCUCCAAAUACUGUUAAAAUUUCUUAAAAACAAAUUUCAAUCUUCUCCUUCGAAACAAUGUUGAUUUUUUACACUGAACAGAAUUGUAGAUAAUCGUAAGAUUGUAGAUAAUCGUAAGAAAAAUUAUGGUGUUCAAAGCAGAACUAUAUUAUAAUUUUUAGCUUGACUAUUCGAAGCUAUACUACUCACCCUGGCGUCGGCGGUGGCGUUGGCGUCACACCUUGGUUAAGGUUUUGCAUGUAAGCACCUUUAAGUCAUUAUCUCAGUAAAUACAUCAGUUAUUGCAAUGAAACUUUGGAUAUGUUCUUCCAACUAUCUUACAUACUAAAUUAAUGAAGUUAAAUAACAAUUAUUUGAAUAUGAUGCAAAUAAUAGGCCUUUAUUAUUCGACUUAGAAAUUCUGGUUAAGGUUUUGCAUGUAAGCACACAUAGGUUAAUAUCUCAGCAAUUACUUGAUGGAUUGCAUUGAGACUUUUAAAUGGUACUCAACCAUCCAAUUUACUUAAAUAAUCAAGUAAGAUAACUCCAGUUUGCAUUAAAUUAAAAUAAUGGCCCUUUUUUAUUCGACAUAGAAAUUCUGGUUAAGGUUUUGUGUGUAAGCACACAUAGGUUAAUACCUCAGCGAAUACAUCAUGUAUUGCAUUGAAACUUUACACACAGGCUCCCAUCUAUUUAACCUUCUUAUUUAAUCAAGUAAGAUAACUCUAUCUUUUAUAAUAUAUAAUUUUUGCCCCUUUAUUAUAUGCGACUUAGAAAUUCUGGUCAAGGUCUUGCAUGUUAGCACACAUAGGAUAAUAUCUCAGCAACUAUUUGAUGUAUUGCAUUGAGACUUUAUACAAUGGUGUUCAACCACCCAACUUAAUUGAAUAACAAAGUUAGAUAACUGCAUUUUGCAAAUAAUGACCCUUUAUUAUUAUACUUAGAAAUUCUCGUUAAAAUUUUGCAUGGAACCACAUUUAUGUUAAUAUCUCAGCACACCAUGUAUUGCAUUGAAAUCUAAUCUAACAGUGAUCCAUGCAUGUUUCGCCAAAACUUUUCAAUCCUUACAUUGAAAAGCGGCGGAAUAGUGGAGCGCGCUGUCUCUGUGACAGCUCUUGUUAUAUUUUGAAAUUAUUUCAAACUUUGAAUGUUAUGGAAUUGGUUUACCUAAGUUUCUGAAAUUGUUGAUGGAUGGUUUAUUGUGUUAAACUUAUGAACUCAGGAUGACUGUUUUGUUACAUGGUUGUUAAAUGUUAAAAUAUGGUUGUACAGAGUCAAUUAAUACAUGUAUCUGCACAUUUAAUUGUUUAAGAUUCUGCAUGUCUUAGUCUUUAGAAGUAAGUCUUAUUUUGUUACCUGUGUACAAGUGAAAGUAUUUUAUUAUGUGUGUAUAUUAUGCAAUUGUUAAUUUAGAUCAUUUUAUUAUUCAUUUUUCAUCAAGAUUCCAUUUUUAAUGUUUUAAUUAUUGUACUGCAAUACCCAAUCUUUUGUAUAUAAUACUCUUUGUUACCCUUCAAGGCUACAGUAACCGUUGUUAUGAUUGUCGAAAAGUAUUCAUAAGCACUGGAAUAGAGUAAAAUAAAAGUAUAAGUUUA